UGCAGAGAGAGGCACUUUGCACCACAGACAGAUAGCAGGAAGAAAAAGACAGAGAGAGUGAGAAAAAAGAGGCAUCAGUCGCUCCUGGAGAGGGGAGAGAGAGGGAGAGACUGGGAGAAGCACAGAAAGUGUGUGUAAAACGGAGUAAAGAAAGAAAAACAAAACUACCCUUAAAGCACAUUAAAAAAAAAACAACCAAACAACUUUGGCAAUUCAAGAAAGAAACAGGCUACGUUUAAAGAACAGAGAGACAAUGAAAAGCUAAAGAAAAUUUUGCAAUCUCUGCCACAGUCUCAUAGGUGCUUGGAAAUGAAAGCAGAACUGCCUGUCUUUAACGGACUCUGACAGGGAGGGUGAAGGGGAACCAGAGCGCACAAGGGAACUGACUCAGGAGGCGGAGAAGAUGGGCAUCCUGAGUGUAGACUUGCUGAUCACACUGCAGAUUCUGCCAGUUUUUUUCUCCAACUGCCUCUUCCUGGCGCUCUAUGACUCGGUCAUUCUGCUCAAGCACGUGGUGCUGCUGUUGAGCCGCUCCAAGUCCACUCGCGGAGAGUGGCGGCGCAUGCUGACCUCAGAGGGAUUGCGCUGCGUCUGGAAGAGCUUCCUCCUGGAUGCCUACAAACAGGUGAAACUGGGUGAAGAUGCCCCCAAUUCCAGUGUGGUGCACGUCUCCAGUCCCGAAGCAGGUAACAGUGGGGGAAACGGUGUCCAGGAGAAGACAGCCGAGGGAACCGAAUGCCACCUUCUUGACUUUGCCAGCCCGGAGCGCCCGCUGGUGGUCAACUUCGGCUCAGCUACUUGACCUCCUUUCACGAGCCAGCUGCCAGCCUUCAGCAAACUGGUGGAAGAGUUCUCAUCCGUGGCCGACUUCCUGCUGGUCUACAUUGAUGAGGCUCAUCCGUCAGAUGGCUGGGCGGUGCCUGGGGACUCCUCUUUGUCUUUUGAGGUGAAGAAGCACCGGAACCAGGAAGAUCGAUGUGCAGCUGCCCAGCAGCUCCUGGAGCGGUUCUCCUUGCCGCCCCAGUGCAGAGUAGUGGCUGACCGCAUGGACAAUAACGCCAACGUAGCUUAUGGGGUAGCCUUUGAACGUGUGUGCAUUGUGCAGAGACAGAAAAUUGCUUAUCUGGGAGGAAAGGGCCCCUUCCACUACAACCUUCAAGAAGUCCGGCGUUGGCUAGAGAAGAAUUUCAGCAAGAUGAAACCUAGAUUAGCUGGUUAA